UAUAUGUUUGAAAUAUUUACAUGUAUGUGUGAGCAUUUAUUUAUCAUAUUUAAGAGAUAAAAUAUAUCGCCGCUUUUACCUGAAGUAAUCUAUUUCGUUGACAGCUGAGAACCCAUACAAUAAUGGAAGGACUUACUAGAUCAGAUAGAACAGAAAAGGAUUGCUUUCCAAUAGGAAAUAUGCGGACUCAUAAUGAACAACGAGUAAAUCUUCUGCCUGAAAGCAAAAUGGCAAAUGAAAGCGAUGAAGUUUUAUUAUUUUACAAAAAUGAAGAAAAGGAAAGAAAACGAAGAACGAAUGACGACUAUCGCGACGAUUCUGAUACUCAGUGUGGAAUUGGAGCGUUUCAUCCUGCUUGUAUACAACCUCUCAACAAUAUGUAUUCAUUUAUUUUCUUCUCUGUGGGUUCAAUUCUCACUUCAUCAACACUCAGCCCAUACCUAGUAUCCCAGGUGACAACCUUAGAACGCCAGUUCAAUUUCUCCAGCGCAAGCAGUGGCUUUAUUUUGGCAUGCAAUGACAUAGGAUUUUCUUUGGUAGUGUUAUUUAUAAGUCAUAUUUUUCGUAACGGACAUGUGCCAAGAAUUCUCGCUGUCAGUACUUUUAUUUUCGGGAUAGGGGGUUUAAUAUGUGCAUUACCGUUUUACCUUGAUACUCCUACGGAAACCAUAAAUGAGCAGAAUGUAUCCGACUGGGUGACAUCCUUUCAUGCAGAUCAACGAAAUAUAACUGAUGAAGAUUAUAUGUGCAAACAACAGGAAAAGAUUAUGGUGACAAAGAGUCAAAACAACACACAUUCGAAUGUUUGGGCCUUAACUCUAAUUGCCGUUGGGAUGGUAUUACAAGGAGUGGCCAAAUCUGUUCGGAGGCCAAUGACGACCUCUUAUAUAGACAAUAAUGUCAAAAAAACACAGACUGGGAAAUAUAUCGGUAUUAUCACAGCUAUUGGAAUUUUUGGCCCAGUAGUUGGUUUCGUAGUCGGAACUAUGUGUACAAAAACCUACUAUGAUUUGAAAGAGACGAAUUUAUCGCCAGAAGAUCCAAGAUGGAUUGGGGCAUGGUGGCUCGGAUAUGUUAUCUUUGGAAUUGCUGCAUUGCUAUCUACAAUUCCACUGAUAUUCUUCCCCAGAAAUCAAAGAAAGAAACCAAACCACGAAGAAGCAAUUGAAAUGAAUGAAGGCAGACCAGAGUCCUGGAUGAAAACAAUGAAUAAGAAAAGUGAAGGAAAUCAGGCUAUGAAAGAAAUUAAAAAAUUCUUCUCAUCACUUCGGCGUAUUUUCCAAAAUGUUUGCUGUCUUUUGCUUUUGAUUGGUGGGGGUUUGGACAUGAUGGCUAGUGCAGGAUUAUUUUCUUUUAUGGCUAAAUAUAUGGAGACACAAUAUUUAUUCCCAGCAUGGAAAUCUAAUGCAAUUUUAGGAACAACGACACUAGUUGCUUUAUCGAUCGGGACUUUGUCUGGUGGUAUGAUUACAUCCAAAGCAAAACUGAAAGCUCGUGGUUGUCUGACAUAUAUCUGCUUGUGUUUUGCGUUGGUAGCAGUAUUUCAUGCUUCACUUUUGAUGGUUGGUUGUAAAUUCCCUGCAAUGGUUGGACCUGAAAUAAUUCCAUCCAGAAUCACUUAUAUAAACGGAACUAUCGUGCCAAACUGUAAGCAGUCGUGUUCAUGCGAUGAUUCAAAGUAUCUGCCCGUUUGCAGUGAAGAUGGUACGAACUACUACUCACCGUGUUAUGCUGGAUGUAAAUCAAAGAAUGGAACGAGGUAUACUGACUGCAGCUGUCUGAUUGCUGGUUCUACAGUUGAGUCUGGGUACUGUGCUAAUGGCUGCAAUCACAAGAUCAUUUAUUUUUCAGCUUUGCUUACCCUCUCAGCUUUGUUUGGAACCAUGAAAAUUGUGCCCUUUUCUAUAGCUUUUAUAAGAAUGGUGGAAGCAAAAGACAAAAGCCUGGUUAUAGGAGUGACAUCAUUUCUGAAUUCUUUAUUGGGUUGGACAUUUGGCCCUAUUGUGUUCGGAAAAUUGAUUGAUACUACAUGUUUAAUUUGGUCUUCAUCGGUAGACUCAGAACAAGGUUCAUGCGUGUUUUACGACACACGUCAAAUGAAAAUCUUGAACUUUUCCGUCAGCGUGGGUGUUAGCUUUCUCUGUGGCAUCGUAAUAACAAUUGCUUUAUUUGUUCUCAUUAAUAAAGAAAACUCAAAGAAAUACCAAGCAGUAAAGACUGUAUACCAUCCGGAUACCAUUCGGCAAUGAAAAUUAGAUACUUGUAAAUAACUGAAAAUCCUGAUAAAUAUGUAUAUUUAAAUAUGUUUGUGUGUGUGUGUGAGAGAGAGAGAGAGGGAGAAUGAUUAUGUUCUUGUGCAAAAUAUGAUACUACUCAUAUGUACAUAUGUGUGUAUGUGUGUAUGAGUGAGUAUCCAAAAUGAACAUCGAGAAUAUCGACAUAAACAGAAAAUAAUUGCUAUAGUUGGUUAAACGUUCAAUGCAAGAUAAAAUAGACGCGUAUUUCACAUAUCGAGCUGACGUACUUCGUCAGAAAGAUAUUUAGAAGAAGGAAGUUGUGAGAAGGAAAAACAGAAGCGGUGGAUGACACAGAAACAUAUGGUGUCUCUGUGUGAAGUCAUAGUGUAACUGGUGGAGACUGAAGCAGAGGAAGUGACAAAGAGCGAAUGAAAUUUCAUGCAUAGAAGAGCAACAGGAGAGGUUAAUGUGCAAAAA